AUGAGGAAGUUAUGGCUUGGUAAAUUCCUUCUCUUCUUCACUUUUGCAACCACAAACCUCACUUCUGGUUGCUACGAACAUGAGAGGGGAGUUCUUCUCCGAUUCAAACGCAGCCUUGUAUCAGACCCUUCUGGUCGACUGUCAUCUUGGAAUGGAAACAACUGCUGCCAAUGGCAAGGGGUUGGCUGUGAUAAUGCAACCGGACAUGUAACUACGCUUGACCUUGGAAGCCCUUAUUUGGGUUAUGCCGAGAUGUUAAGGGUAAAUAAGUUGAAGUCCUCUUUGGCCGAGCUAACACAACUCAGGGCUUCAAUUAAUCGGGUUAACUCACGAUUUCUAGCUCCAUCUCGGGAAAAAAGUGGUUUUUGUAGUUUUGUCUUUGGGUUUACUGUACGGGUGAGUGUACCGGUGAAGACCAAUUUUUUCGGCAACAUAUUCGUUGAUUUCCGCCACUACAGGUUCUAUUUAAUCCAAUUUAUUAUGAAAUUUGAGUUUAAUUGA